AUGUACGGUCUAGACCACUACCCUGCUUGCUGGACAUGUAACCUAGCGCAGUGCACUGGCGUUAAUGGUGUUGUCGAGCCUUACACUGUUUUCGACUACUACAGUCACUUCAAAGCUGUCUCUCCCACUCAACCUUCGUUUCUCAUGGAAUUUCAGGGCGGCUCAUUCAAUCCCUGGGACGGUCCAGAGGGUGGAUGCUCUGAGAACAUGGGUCCCGACUGGGUCAACCUCUUUUAUCGACAUAACCUGGCGGAAAAGGUCACAGCAGUCAAUAUCUAUAUGGCUUAUGGAGGUACUAACUGGGGUAACGUUGGCUUCCCUGAGGUUGGCACCAGCUACGAUUAUUCGGCACCUAUUCAUGAGAACCGCUUGAUCGGCGACAAGUUUAAUGAGGGGAAGCUUUUCGGUCUCUUUGUCCGCGUUGCUCGUGAUUUUGUCAAGGUCAACCGGGUUGGAAGCAGUACUGAUUAUACCACGGAUGAAGAUAUCUUCACAAGCGAGCUCCGCAACCCCGACACUAAUGCCGCGUACUACGUCGUCCGCCACCAAGACUCGACUUCCACUGCAGAGACCAAGUUCCACCUCAAGGUUUCCACUGAAGCAGGUAACCUUACAGUGCCGACCUCAGGAUCCAUCACCCUGAAGAACAGGGAGUCCAAGGUCCUCGUCUCGGACUUCAGCAUCGGAGCAUCUAGGAAGAAGAUCACUUAUGCCACCCUGGAGAUUCUCACCGCUGUGGACCUUGGAGACCGCCAAGUGGUUGUCUUCUGGGCCCCUGAUGGUGAGCAAGGCGAAUUCCUGCUCAAGGGCGCGACUUCAGCCAAGUUUGUGAGCGGAAAGGGUGACAAGAAGUCUUUUACCAAGACUAAGAAUGGUAUUGUGGCGAAUGUGGUGGCUGGCGAGGAGAUGAGUGUCAUUGAUUUCAGUAACCAUGUUGAGGCCGUCGUGGUUGAUCGCCGGUCAGCUUACAAAUUCUGGGCUCCGACUCUCGACAACAACCCCCUUGCUUGGGAGAGCUCAACUGGCGACGGACCUUACCUAGUGCGAAGUGCUUCAAUCAAGGGCGACACGAUCAACAUCAAUGGUGACUGGGACGAAGAGACGACUGUUGAGAUCUGGGCUCCAAACACUAUUAGAAAAGUCUCUUUCAAUGGGGAGAAGCUUCAAGUUACCAAGUCGAAGUAUGGAAGUUUUAUUGGUACUCUCCCAGCUCCUGACAUCACUGUCGAGAGCUUCACUUCCAGCCUUCCGUCUCUCAGUCACUGGAAAGUGAGUGAGGGUCUCCCUGAAGUUGCCGCAGACUACGAUGACUCUCGAUGGACCGAUGCUGAUCAUGAGACUACUCCUCACUUUGUUCCUCCUGAUACUUACCCCGUCCUAUUCGCCGACGAGUAUGAGUACCAGGCUGGCAACAUUCUCUGGCGAGGCCGUUUCAACGCAACCAAGGGUGAUGAGCCUACGGGUGCUUAUCUCCGUGUCAUCGGCGGCCUCGCCAGCGGCUUUUCUGUCUAUGUAAAUGGCAAGUUCCUCGGCGCCUGGCUCGGCAGCAUGACCAAUAAGACGGGCGAGCUGGCGGUUAGUUUCCAAGGUGUCAAGCUCAACACCGAAGAGGCCAACAUCUUGUUCGUCAUCCAAGAUACAAUGGGUAAGGAACAGCGUGAGGCAGCACCUGAUCCCAGAGGUAUCCUGAACGCCACUCUCGUUACGGCCGAUGGUUCUGCUGCCAACUUUACUUCGUGGAAGGUCACUGGCAAUUCCGGCGCAAACCAUCUCAUUGACCCAGUUCGUGGCACUUACAACGAAGGCGGUCUACAUGCCGAGCGCCUUGGCUGGCAUCUCCCUGGCUACGAUGAUAAUAAGUGGAAGACUGGAUCGCCUUCAUAUGGAUUCAAAGGCGCUACAGUACGGUUCUACCGCACCGUCGUACCAUUGGACGUCCCCAAAGGCUACGAUGCUAGCUUGUCCUUCACUCUGCACACUGAGAAAAAGGCCAACCUUCGGGCUCAGCUGUAUGUCAAUGGCUAUCAGUAUGGGAAGACUCUACCGUACAUCUCCAACGAGACAACUUUUCCUGUGGUACCAGGUAUUCUCAACUAUCAGGGAGAUAACACAAUCGGUCUCAACAUCUGGGCCAUGGAUGAGGCUGGAGGAUCUAUGGAUGUUAAUUGGAAAGUUGACGGCAUCUACCGAUCGGGAUUUAGCCCUCUGUUCAAUGCCGAAUAUCUUCAACCCGGCUGGGAGGAUCGUUCUCAGUAUGCUUAA